GCUAUCAUGAGUCUCUGCUUAGCCUUCACCCACCCUUUCUUAAACCGCCACGUACACUCGACCGCACUUUCUCUCUCUCAUCCUCCUCCCCUUUCUCUCCGUUUCUUCUCUCUCGGUCCUCCCUCCCCCGCCCGCAACCCGCUUCGUUUCCACUUUCUCUACCGCUUUCCUCAACAGGCCACCGCAUUCCCUGCAGCUGCAACGGCCAAUCUCUUCCAAGACAUCGCCGCCUCGGCUGCUGUCCUUGCUGGCGCCUAUUCUCUUGUCUUCACCUUCGACAUUCUCACCCAGAAAGAACUCAUCCAACAGAAUUUAAGUAGAAAACUAGUGCAUGUAUUAUCUGGGUUGCUUUUUGCUGUUUCCUGGCCGAUUUUCAGCAAUUCCAUCGAGGCUCGUUACUUCGCAUCUCUGGUUCCACUGGUGAAUUGCUUAAGGCUUGUUAUUCAUGGUUUCUCUUUGGCUGAUGAUCCAGGCUUGAUCAAAUCUGUUACCCGAGAAGGAAAUCCCAAGGAGUUGCUUAGAGGGCCUUUAUAUUAUGUUCUAAUAUUGAUUUUAUGUGCUCUUGUGUUUUGGCGUGAAUCCCCUGUUGGGGUCAUCUCCUUGGCAAUGAUGUGCGGUGGAGAUGGUGUUGCAGAUAUAAUGGGAAGAAAAUUUGGUUCCUCCAAAAUUCCUUACAAUCAAAGCAAGAGUUGGGCUGGUAGCAUAUCGAUGUUUGUUUUUGGAUUCUUCAUUUCUAUUGGGAUGCUAUACUACUACUCGGUUCUUGGAUAUUUCCAAUUGGAUUGGUGUUGGACAUUAAUGCAUAGGGUUGCUUUAGUUUCUCUGGUGGCAACAGUGGUUGAGUCCCUUCCAAUUACAAUGGUAGUAGAUGAUAAUAUCUCUGUUCCUCUUGCUACCAUGCUAGCAGCCUAUUUGAGUUUUAGACACUAGUUUCUUCCAAGUCUAUUGUUAAAGCAAUAACUGAUUGUUUUUCUUUUGAUCAAAAUUGUGCUGUAUUCAACUUAGAUACAUGUCAUAUUAAUGGAGGGAGGUUGAAAUUUCCUCAAUUAUUUUUGUAAACUCAAUCAUUAACUUUUUUUUCUCACUCCUAAUACUUUAAUUACUUUUUUGUCAUAUAUAAUAUGCAUUGCAGAUUUGGUAUAGAUAAAUUUCAGUUUCUGACUCUGCAGUCCAGCAGUGUCAUGGCCUAGUUUCUAUAAUUGAUGUCGUCCAUACUUUAAUGUCAUGGCCUAGUGUGGUCCAUACUUUAAUAAAUACUUGG